AUGCUGCACGAGAUCCUCCUCUCACUCUCCGGCCAUCCGUCUCCACUCCUUACAGCCGACCACUCAUCCCCCUCCUCGAUUCUCUCCCCGCCUGAAAAAGAGCUCCUCAAAUCGAUAGCGCAUCUCAGCGAUCUGAAUCAUAAACUGUUGACGCAUACCGCUGCCAUUGCGUCGGGACAUCCGAGUGUUAUCUGCCAGGCUGUUGCGACGGGUAUACGGGAUGUUCAUUUGAAGGCUUUCCAGAAGAAGGUCUUGGAUGUUGAGGAGGGCAUCUUGAAGAAAGAUGCGGGGUCUGUGGGGGCGUGGAAUAUUGUUCCUUUGACCGGAAUCGUUAGGGAGUUUGGGGGGUGGACGAGGAGUAUGGAGUGGCUUUGGGAGGUGGUGGGGGUAAUGAGGGGGAAGAAGGGGGAGAGAUGUACGGGGAAUAAGGUUGUGGAUUGGUUGUGUGAGGCAUUGAAGACGGGGUAUGUGGACAUUGAGGAGGCAGCAUUGAGUCUGGUGAAGGUGGCAGAGAUGGCUUGGUUGAGGCAGGUUAGUGGAUGGAUAUUAUACGGAAGGUUAUCUGCUUACGGACGGGAGGACUUUUUCGUACAAACCGUGGAUGGGGAUUUGGAGGUAUGUUUUGGUCAUGAUAAUGUAUGGAAUUCUAGGGCUUAUGUUCUACAGGAAUACGAAUUGAAAUCAGGACUUCUUCCUGCUUUUGUUACUCCCUCAACUGCAGCUUCGUUACUGUUUAUUGGGCGAUCAUUAAAUCAUAUCAGAGUGAAAGGCAUGUCGACUGCUACAUCACCAGAGCUGGAUCUCCUUUCUACACACCUGAAACAGCUUUCAACCCUUAAGUUUCCUAUCGAAAGUGCGCAUUUCUCAAGGGUUAUUGCAUCUAUCAGACUUUCUCUAUCACAAACGACUCUUCAGAAACUUUUACCAACAAGCAAAGUAAUCGAAAUAUUAUCAUUGCUACGAGAAUUCUUUUUACUUGGACGUGGAGAGUUUGCUUUAGCCUUGAUUUCAGAAGCGGAUGAGAAAAUACGGUCACGAUGGAGAAGGGCUGAUAAUAUGGGCUACGAUAAACGUGAGAGUUUAGGAAGUAUAACAGUCAAAGAGGGUGAGGUCUCAGGAGUACUGGCAAGAACUUGGGCGGCGAUGGGAUUGUUGCAAGGAGAUAAAGAUGAUCAGGAUGAAGACGAAAUACUAGAACUUGCGAGAGACAUAGUUCAACUCAAUAUCAACAAGUCGAAUAUUUCAACACCAUCCAAGAAAGCAAUCAAACCUUCAGCACCAGGCAAGAUCGCCGAUACGCCAUUCAAAACCUUACUCUUAUCUGUCCCAGUCGACUUAACUAUGCACAUUCCAUCACCACUUGAUUUGUUCCUCUCUCCAUCUGAUUUACAAAGCUACUCGAGCAUAAAUGCCUACCUCCUCUCAAUCCACCGAGCCCAUCUUCGUUUGACGGAUCUUUGGAAAAUCUCCGCUCUCCGACGCGACCAUCCCGCACCCCCAGGACCACCAUACGGAAGCUCUAGAGUCGGCCGCCAAAAGGUUCUCAUGAUGCGUCGACGAGCAAAAGAGCGUUCCGAAGCCAUGCGAAGCGUCUGGGCAACUAGCAGCGCAGCCGUCUUCUUCCUCGGAGAAACAGAAGCCUACCUCCAAGGCGAAGUCGUAGAACAAACCUGGAGCGGUUUCAAAUCCUGGCUCACAGGAGAAUCCGAAUCAUCCUCACAUCCACCAAAACCAACCUCACACGAAGAGGCAGAGGAAGAAGACAGCGACGAAGACAUCUGGCUCCAAGCCGCCACCCACGAACAAGAACAAGACCCCAAAACCCUAACCGGAAUUCAACCCACCGCAGACCCCCAAUCCCUCUCGGACGCGCACAAAAAAUACCUCCUCGCCCUCUCCACCUCCCUCCUCCUCACCAUCCCCUCCUUCACGGACCCUCUCUUCCACCUCCUCCAACAAAUCGACCACCUCGUCGCGCUCAUCCACCGCAUCCACAACAUCUGGCAAUCCCUCGACCUGGAAGCCGACGAAGGCGUCGUCGACGCCUUUUCUGAUUUCCACAAAGAGGAGAAGGAUGUCCGCGCCCAGCUGCACGUCGUGGCGACCCGCGUCAAAGAGGGGAUCCAAGGCAUCACGGAGGGAUUGCGGGAUCUGGAGGGGGAUAAGGAGGGCUGGGCGAGUGGGUAUAGUGAGGUGGAGUUGGGGGAGACGGGGGGGUAUCGGGUGAGGGAGGUGGGGAGGGUGGAUCGGUUGUUGAUGAAGUUGGAUUUUGGGGGGUGGUUGAGGAAGGAGAGGGAGAGGGAUGGAGGGGGGUUUGAUGGGGAGGAGGAUAGUGAUUAUUGA